AUGAUCCCAGCUCCACUUGAUGCUUCCUUAUUGAGAGAACAUGCGUUCCAGGGAACUAAUGAUCUAAGUACCGUUUUGAGUCCAAGUACGUUUACCGAUGAAGGUGGAUACAAACCCGUAUUGAAGUAUGGACUGGGUUAUUUCAAUUACGGACUCGUUAUUGACGACGAAGUAUACGAUUAUUCAGUGUGUGAUAUUAUCAGGGGACACGUUUAUGAUCAUUUUUUGUGUUAUUUCUGUUGCUUCAUGAUAUUGUUUACCAUCUGGCUAAUAAGUUUAAACUGGUGCCCCAGCAGCAAGAAAAGCAAGUUUGAUUGGAGCAAGAAGAAGGACGACUUCAAGAUGGAAGGAGGUGAUUUGGAGUACCAACACGUAAAGAUUUAG